AUGCCCCCGAACUCAGAGCCUACUGCCGACGACUUCUUCAAUGACCUCUCUCGCCGCAUGAACGAGAACGGCUCUGGAGCGCGAUCUAAGAGCCCAAAGAAUACCGAUAUAUGUGCCAGGACAAACGACGAUCCUGACGGAUUUGUGCCUCGAACUAAGCGGAUAGCAUCACAAGUGGAAACUCUCCUCAAAACCCAUGAUCCUUCCGAUCCCGCGGACUCGUCGAACCCUACACAGAGCAUGCCACCUGCGACUUUCUCAGAUGUUCCAGGCUUGACAAUACCUGGCGAGCCGACGGACGGUAUCCCACAGCCAGGCACCAACAGUGGUGUGAGCGAUUCGCAAAUCGAUAGCAUGAUGAACAGUCUAGGGCUGGCGUCUGAGCCCUUCUCCUGGGAACUAAUCAGUCUCGGUCUGGAGGAGCCACUCCCCUCUCAAGAGAUUAUUGAUGAAAUGCAUCAAAUAUACUUCGAGAAAAUUCAGCCGUCUGCACCGAUAGUCCAUCAACCACGCUAUCUUGCUGCCAUGAACCUGGCACCAAAUAUGCGACCUCCGGUUUGCCUACGCUACGCUAUGUGGCUGCACGUGUGCUCGAUUACCCCAAGAUACUCUGCCUUAUCAGAUCACUUCUAUGCUCGCGCACGAAAAUAUGCAGAGCAGGACGAGAUGAGGGGUUUCGGGGAGAGCAUUAUGACGGUCGCCCACACCCAGUGUUGGUGCCUGCUUGCAUUAUAUGAGUUCAAAAUGAUGUACUUCCCUAGAGCCUGGAUGAGCGUUGGACGUUCAUCAAGGCUGUCGCAAAUGCUGGGCCUCCACCGGCAAGAUGGAGCUGCACUUGAUGUCAAGCAGACACUGGCUCCAGCUCGAGAUUGGACGGAAAGAGAAGAGCGGAGACGGACCUUCUGGUUGGCAUUCUGCCAUGACCGUUAUGCCAGUAUUGGUACUGGAUGGCCAAUGACUAUCGACGAGAGAGACAUCUCGACAAAUCUCCCUGCAAGCGAUGAAGCUUUCCUGAACAGCAAACCUGAGGAAACUCUACCGCUCGCUGGUGCCAUGACUCCCGAUGGCGCCUCCACACUGUCGCCUUUUGGAGCGGUCGUGCUGAUGGCCUGCCUCAUUGGUCGUAAUCUUACCCAUCUGCACAGGCCGGAUGAUGAAGACAAUGACCACGAUCUGAAUGGGGAAUUUUGGAAACGUCAUAGAUCCCUUGAUAACAUCCUGCUCAAUACCUUGCUUUCUUUGCCACCCCAGCUGCGGUUGCCUGCUGGUAUUCACGAUUCUAACAUCGUGUUUCUCAACAUGAACCUCCACGCUUCCACCAUCUGUUUGCAUCAAGCUGCUAUUUUCAAAGCAGAACACAAUCAAAUGUCCCCACAGAUCACCUCCGAAAGCAAACGACGCUGCAUCAUUGCGGCCGACCAAAUCGCAAACAACAUGAAGCUUGUCUGCCAUAUUGAUCUUUCCACUUUAAAUCCUUUCGUUGCGUUUUGCCUUUAUAUCGCUGCCCGUGUCUUUGUUCAAUAUUUGAAAACUCAUAAAGACGAUGCUACCGUCAUGUCCUCUCUGCAAUUUCUGCUGGUUGCAAUGCACGCUUUGAAGGCAAAAAAUCCGCUGACUGAAUCGUUCAUUGUGCAACUCGACGUCGAACUUGAAGGCAGUGGCAUGCAGAUACCAGCCGGUAAGAGCGGACCUCCCCCCAGCAUAUUGCGAGCCUGCGGUGGUGGCAAGCCCCAUCAUACACCUGCCAGCACCAAUGAUCAGAGUUGUAGCCCUUUAGCGGAUAUUCGCACGGCUACAGUGGAACAAUCCACGGACGAUGUGAGACGACCUGUCAAUUCGAAGGUACGAAUCAGCAGUCUAACAGAAUAUCCAAGAAUGAAUUACAAUGGGAGGGUGCCUUCUAAAUAUGGAGAGACAUCUGGCGGCAUGGACAUUGAUAUUUCUAUCGAGAAUAUAAGCAAUCAAAGACUUCCAUCAAUGACAACCUCAGCGCAACCAACAGCAUCUGCAUCUCCAAACAACGCUUCGUCGCAAAAUUCCUUCAGUCCUCCAAAUGUGGAGGAGCAUUCGAAUCUUACAAAUACUUCAUCCUUAGGAGGGAUGUCCCCAGGUACUGCAUCUGCAGCAGCUAUCUUUAGCGACCAUCAAGCAUUUCCAUCUUUCGACCCUGGUAUCACGAACAUGUCGAAAGUUCCGGGUUCUGAAGGAGCACAGCACCCCUUCGCAAUGCCCGCUUCUUGGAAUCACGAAAACGCCAGGGUAAGCCCGAGAAACUCGGCAGGAGAUUAUGACUUUGAUAGCAUGACAUCUACGAACGUUCCAAAUUGGCAGCCGAUGGGCGUGGUCGAGGGUGAAUGGCUAUUCUCGACUUGGAAUGGCGCUGAUACUUCGACCUGA